GCUGGGGAAGGGCAUCAUCUCUGAUCGUACAUACCAAAGACAAAUAUGCCAAAAACAUUUCCCUCUUCCCCUUCAACCGUUCCUUCUUUUAAUUCCUUAUGGCACCCUGUCUUCGAGGCUCAUAUUAUUUAACAUUUUCCUCCUAGCUCAUAAUAACUCACCAUCCCCCAAGAAAACUCAAUGGAGAAGUCAAGGAAUACUGAUUUCUGUCGAGGCGGUGAAGAUGAGGAAAGGCAAUCCAUCAAUGGAAGUUCAGCAAAUAUCGACCGAUAUUUUCAAGAUCCAGUCCCCAGUAUUGGUGUGCAAAAUCUCCUAGAGAUCAAUCAGAUUCAGACCGGAGCUGAAACAGAGUUGAUGAGGCAACCAGAACAGUGUCAACGUCAACCAGCAGAUAUAUCCUCAGCAGAUUCUCAUUCAAGAAGAAAUAUUCCUCAGAUUACUGCAGCAGACCCACGUGCAAGAAAAAAAAGGAACGACAAAGCAUAUAGGGAUAGACUCAAGAAAAGAGCAGCGCUAGCGGAUAAACUUGAGCCUGAAAAUGAAGAAUUACGCAAAGAAAUUGCAUCCCAAAAAGCAAUGACAGAGGAUCUUAGAAGAAGAUUGGCCGAACAGGAGAAGAAAGUAGAUGAUCUUACCGAAAUUGGGAAAAAUGUAGAUGAUCUUACAAAAAAAUUGGCCAAAUGGAAGGAGAAGAGGAAUAAGUGCCUGGAAAGAAAACGUGAACUGAAGUCCAAUCUUAAGACAGUGGAGGCUGAAAAUGGAAAAUUAAAGGCUGCGAUAAUUGAAUCCUUGAACGCGUCGGUGAAGCGACUGUCUGAAAGUCGGUCAAUAGAAGUAGACCAACUUAGAAGUAAAUUGGAAAUGGUAGAAAAAGAACUUGCCUCAGUGAAAACUUCCGGACACAGGCAGAGCAUAGUUGGAAGCAGCACCAACUUGAUCGGAGGUUUUGGGCAGUUUUGGCCCAAUGUGGAAAGCAGUCAAGCAAUAGUGAUUCCUUCAUCCCCGGCCUUCCCUGGUGGCAGUGGUACAAGCAGUCCAGCAACAGGGUCGCCCUACCGGGCAUUCCGCAGUCCACAUUUUUGAACUUAGAAUUCCUAAAAGCCCAAGAAUUUAAUAUAUUGCAAUGUAAAUAUAUCAUUUUUUUUUUAUUUCUGGUGCAUAUAAAAUUCCUAGAAUUAUGAUGGAUAUUGCCUGUAUGUGAGAGAUGAUGAGAAAUUGAGACCGGUGAUGUAUUAUAAGUUAUAUUAUUAAAUAAAUUAAUGUAUAUAAU